AUGAAGAUGCUGCUGCGGAUGGAGGUGCAGGCGGAGUCGGGUGUGAGCGCCGGCGGCGGCGUCGUGGCGGACGCGGCGACCGAGACGGAGGCCAUGACCAUGAUGGUGCCCGCGGCGCCGCACCCGCACCCGCACCCGCACCCGCACCACUCGCUGGCGGUGUACGAGCGGGUGGCGCGGAUGGCGAGCGGGAACGCGGUGGUGGUGUUCAGCGCCAGCGGCUGCUGCAUGUGCCACGUCGUCAAGCGCCUCCUCCUGGGCCUCGGCGUCGGCCCCACCGUCUACGAGCUCGACCAGAUGGCCGGAACCGGCGGAGGGAGGGAGAUCCAGGCGGCGCUGGCGCAGCUGCUCCCGCCCGGGCAGCCGCCCGUGCCGGUGGUGUUCGUGGGCGGGCGCCUCCUGGGCGGCGUCGAGAAGGUGAUGGCGUGCCACAUCAACGGCACCCUCGUCCCGCUCCUCAAGCAGGCCGGCGCGCUCUGGCUCUGA